AAGAAGAAGAGGGACAGAUUCAACGGACUGACAGAGGAAGACGUCCUGAAAAGAACUGUUCCCGACUUGCUGUCGCAUAAUCUUGAUAUUAUUAUUAUAGGGAGCUGCCCAGGUUUAACGGCUGCCUAUCUAGGGCACCAUUACGCUGGACCCGGCAACCAUUUUUGGAAGUGCUUAUAUCUAUCCGGAUUAAUUCCAGAACCCAUGAACGCCAGUGAUGAUUACAAGCUGAAACAAUAUGGGAUCGGUUUUACGAAUUUCGUAGCUAGAUGCACCAAGGGCAGUGUGGAGUUUUCUAGACGCGAGAUCAAGGAAGGCAUUGAGAGUUUAACAGAAAAGAUCCAAAUGUACAAACCAAAAAUAGCUGUGUUUAAUGGAAAAGGAAUAUACGAAGUCUUUUGCAACCACAAGAACUUCUACAUAGGCAAGCAGCCUGAAACCUUUCCAAGCACUAACACCGUUGUUUACGUAAUGCCGUCUUCGAGUGCCCGAUGUUCUCAGCUGCCCAGGGCAAGUGACAAGGUGCCCUUUUUCGUGGCCCUGAGAAAACUGCGUGACCAUCUUCUGGGAUGUUUGCCCCACUUGGAAGAAGGUGAAGUUGUUUUC